AGAAGAAGAAGAGAGAGAGGCGUGCCUUCACGAUUGAGCUCCCGUUAAAAACAAAAAUUGAUGAGCUCUUAGCACGUUAAUUAACCACAUCCCAUCACUUUCACUCCCAACUUCUUCCCUCUCUUUUAAACAAAUCAAUCUUUCUACUUUCUUUUCUCCUAACCUCACUCUUUCUCUUUUCUCAUAUUUCUCUUCUGGCUUCCUCUGUUUUCAUUUUCUUCAUCCCCUUGUUAUUGUAAACCUUAAUUAGUGGGUGAUUAUGAGGACGCUUUGCCCUAAUUUUGACAGGGAAGAUGGACUUGAGACAGUGCUUGAAGUUCCUAUUCCUGAAGAGAUGUUCCCUUCUGCCAAGAAUAAAUGGCCCAAUAUGAAAUCUUGGAUGAAACCUAACCCUGGUAGAACUCCUGCUACUUUGCCUUUUGCUGAUCGUAACUCUCAAAUUCAGCUUCUUCUUGGUGUAAUUGGUGCUCCGUUGAUUCCUCUACCGAUUCCGUCCGAUCACAAGGUUACCAAAUGCAUCAAAGAUCACCCAAUUGAAUCUUCGAUGGCGAAAUACAUUAUUCAUCAGUACAUUGCAGCGAUGGGAGGGGAGCACGCAUUGAACUCGAUCGACAGCAUGUAUGCUAUGGGAAAGGUGAAGAUGACGGCAUCAGAAUUCAGUGCUGGUGAGAAUUUGUCUGUGAAUAACCCAAAAGCGGAUAAUAAAGUAGUGAAGGUUAAAGGACUGAAGAAUGGGGGUGAAGUAGGAGGGUUUGUUUUGUGGCAAAAGAAGCCAGAUUUGUGGUGUUUGGAGCUGGUUGUUUCUGGUACUAAGAUUAGUGCUGGCAGUGAUGGGAAAGUUGCUUGGAGGCAGACACCUUGGCACAACUCACACGCCUCCCGAGGCCCGCCACGACCUCUCCGGCGUUCAUUGCAGGGUCUUGAUCCGAGGAUGACAGCAAACCUGUUCACAAAUGCAAUCUGCAUUGGCGAGAAAGUAGUAAACGAUGAAGAUUGCUUCGUGCUAAAGCUAGAAGCCAAUCCAUCAACACUUGAAGCAAGGAGCAGCAGUAAUGUAGAGAUAAUCCGUCACACAGUUUGGGGAUACUUCAGCCAAAGGACAGGACUUCUAGUCCAGCUAGAGGACAGUCAUCUUCUAAGAAUAAAAACUUCAAAGAGUGAUAGCAUUUUCUGGGAGACUACCAUGGAGUCUCUUAUCCAAGACUACCAAACAAUAGAUGGUGUUAACAUAGCACAUUCUGGUAAAACUUCAGUCUCACUGUUUAGAUAUGGUGAGAACUCAGAGAAUCAUUCAAGAACACGUAUGGAGGAGAUUUGGACAAUUGAAGAAGUGGACUUCAACAUUAAAGGAUUGUCCAUGGAUUGUUUCUUACCCCCUUCUGAUCUAAAGAAAGAGGACGAUGGAUUCACUGCCGUUGUCCCAAACAGCAUAAAACCAACAACAACUAAAACGCAAAAUGCUGCAAAGGCUGCAAACACGAAAAUGAGCACUGCUAAGGUUGCUGCUGUUGAUGAUCAUCAUACAGAGAAUCUGGAUGGGAGUGAAAGGAUGUAAACUCUCAAUCUGAAUCCGAAUCAUCAGUUUUGUGCAUCUUCUGUACAUAAUGGAAUUACAGAUGAGUGAAAUGUACAGCCACGACUAACAGGAAAUCUAAGAUUGCUCAACAAAAUACUGAGCAUCAAAAUGUAUAGACCGUCCAAAUGAUUAGACCCUAUUGAUGUUAGUCAUGAGUUUUACAUAAGCACUCUGAGUUGCUAUAAUUUCCGGUAGAGGGCUUUCUUAUAGAGGCUUGUGUUUUAUGUAAGUCUUUGCCUCUCGGAAUUAAUGUCAUCAUAUAUAUUUUGAUUCACGAAUUGAGGUGAAUUAUUUUAACUUGGCUGGCAUGUUGAAUGCUCCAUGUAGAAACGUUAAAAUAGAACUAAUUUUUGUUCAUUCUUUUGCCAUAUAUAAAUGGAAUUUGAGUA